CGCGAGUUUGAGGCGGGGAUCAGAUCCGUUCAGAGAGCAGAGUGCAUCUCACACCUGUAGACGAGAGAAACUUUCAUCCCUGCUGUCUCUAACCCCGGCUGGACGCGAGUUUAUACUGAUUCCUGCACAAACCGAGCUCAUAUUAUAGCUUCUCAUAUAUUUUCCCGCGCUCAGAUCGAGUUCAAACCGUGAAGCGCAACUUUGGGCAGCGAGGCUGAAGCGAUGGAGCCGUCCGUCCUCCCCGGCGCCGACAUCUCCGACCUCUACUCCAUUAACCCGUUUAAUGUCACUUUCCCCGACGAGGUGAUGGGCUUCGUUCCCGACGGGAGGAACUACACCGAGCCUAACCCGGUAAAGAGCCCGGCGGGAAUCAUCAUCGCCAUUUCCAUCACUGCUCUGUACUCCGUUAUCUGCGUGGUGGGACUCUUGGGAAACAUCCUCGUGAUGUAUGGAGUGGUCAGAUACACAAAGCUGAAAACUGCCACCAACAUCUACAUCUUCAAUUUGGCACUGGCAGAUGCUCUGGCCACUAGUACACUUCCAUUCCAGAGCGCCAAGUAUCUAAUGAACACCUGGCCUUUUGGUGAGCUUCUAUGUAAAAUCAUCAUAGCUAUUGACUACUAUAACAUGUUUACCAGUAUCUUCACCCUAACUAUGAUGAGUGUGGACCGUUACAUUGCCGUGUGCCACCCUGUGAGAGCACUGGAGUUCCGUACCCCCAUCAAGGCCAAAAUCAUCAAUGUGUGCAUCUGGAUUCUCUCCUCUGCUGUUGGUGUGCCAAUCAUGAUAAUGGCAGUUACCAGAGUGACAAACCAAGGUGCAACUGUCUGCAUGCUGAAGUUCCCUGAUCCAGACUGGUACUGGGAUACAGUGACAAAGAUCUGUGUGUUUAUCUUUGCAUUUGUGGUACCAGUGCUAGUCAUCACAAUCUGCUAUGGUCUAAUGAUCCUGCGUUUGAGAAGUGUCCGUCUUCUCUCAGGCUCUAAGCAGAAGGACAGAAACAUGCGUAGAAUCACUCGAAUGGUCUUGGUGGUUGUAGCUGCCUUCAUUAUCUGCUGGACACCUAUCCACAUCUUCAUCAUUGUGAAAACACUUGUAGACAUCAACCAGAAGAACCCCUUUGUGAUUGCCAGCUGGCACCUGUGUAUUGCACUCGGCUAUACCAACAGCAGCCUCAAUCCUGUCCUCUAUGCUUUCCUGGAUGAGAAUUUCAAGAGAUGCUUCCGAGACUUCUGCCCACCCUUCCGAACCAGAGCCGACCAGAAUAGCCUUAGCCAAGCAAGGAAUGCCACAAGGGAGCCAGUGUCCGUUUGUGCACCUUCAGAGACAGGAAAGAAGCCAGUAUGACUAGGCCUGGAGAGGAUCCCACGGGGGUCCCAGACCAGAAGAGUCCAGCAGGACCUGCAAUCUGAGGUCACUCAAAUCUCCACUACUGAAUUCUAGGAAAAGAAUGGAAGAGCCACUUCCUACAUUUUGAAAGCGUACUCAACACUGUCUCAAGUUUUGCAUAUUCAGAAGAUAACCAGAGAAACUGAGUCAAGCAGCUCCUCUCCUGCACCAUUUUUUUGCACUUUAUAUCUUUCAGAAGAAAUGCUAACACAGUGAUGAGCCUCUUCUGAGCCCAAUGUCCAAAACAAGGAUUUUCAGGGUCUGAAAUCUUACUGGUUUUGAGGACCAAAAAUCUAAAUGAAGGACCAUUAACAGAAAGUCUGCAAACAAUGGAUGAAAUCCGAAAAUGAAAUUUGAGACAGGCUACAAACCGUGAAGAUGGGUUCCAUUUGGAGGGAACUGCCUCAAAAAUAAAAAUAAAAGUAUUUUCAGCAGUUUAUAUAUUUAAUUUCUUCUAUCUCUCAGAUAUUGGACUGGUAGAGGACAAGCUGUGGGGAAAUAGAAAAACUCAAACAAACAUGGGAAAUAAAUGUAAAAACUCUGCUCAAAAGCAGUAAACCCUAGUGAUGGAAACUCCAGGGGAAUGAUGGUAAAAUAUGUCCUGCUACAGAACAGACUGCUGUCUGGUUGGAGAAAAGUGAAGAAUGGUGGUAUGUUAUGACAUACAGACCAGAGAGUAUAUGGUUUAAACCAUAAUUUAGUGGAAGAAAAAAUAACAAUAUGGAAAAAUUCAUAUUGGUGGAUUAUUUGCCAUUAUUGCUGAAGACAUGAUCAUGAUACCAAACUCUGCAUCAACUGUGGCUUCCUCUCAAACUUACUCCAUUACUGUAGCCCCUGAACAAACUUAUUUUGCCGUUCUUUGUUCAGUUACAGUGAAGGGGUAUACAAACAGACAUCUGAAAUCCACCAUUUCAAGGACAUUCACAAUAAGGUUUGCUUAAAACAGAAAGCAAAUCCUACUGAAGAAACACAAUAAAUUACCAUUUAAGAGUGUUGGAAUAAUGAUCCAUUAAAGGGGUCAUAUGAUUUCACUACAAAAAACAGUAUUUUGUGUAUUUGUUGUAAUGAAAUGUGUUUAUGCGGUUUAAGGUUGACAAAAUGUAGUAUUAUUUUCCACACACUGCACAUUAUUGUUUCUCUAUGCCACACCUUUCUGAAACGUGUACAUUUUUACAAAGCUCAUCGGUCAAAAAAAAAAACAUUACAAACAAGACAUUUGUAGCAUCCAGUGGGGACAUAAUUACGGAUUAUAAUGACUUGUACUGUCUUUUUAUGCGUUGCAUUACAUUGUUCUGCAUAAACAAAAAAAACAUGUCUACAUUUGUGAUGAGAGAAACAACUAACAACAAGAGCUACUUUACACUCGCGUUUGAAACAUCAGUGGCAAAUUAUUUAAAUAUUUAAACGUACUUACAGACUGUGAGUCAGAACAGCCGACAUUGUAACCAGGAAACAGUCCUCCAUAAAAUGCACUGUACACAUCUGAAUAUUUGGAUUGAACUAUUCUGGAACAGUGUUGUUCCUUACAACUUAACCACUGAUUUCUAAUUGUGUCUUCUUUUGGAAGCCCAAACAAAGUAGUUUCACUUUCACAUCGAAACACUGCGUCUCCAAUACAUGGCGGCUGCGGUAGCAGCAACAAUUUAUUAUUGACAGCAAUGUUACGCCUUUUUUCUUUGCUUGAACAUAUAGGCGGUGAAAAUCUUCCCACAUUCUAACGUAGACAUGUGGGGGCAUGUUUAAACGAGGCCUUUUAGGAGGGUGUGGACCAGUCUUAAUUUUUUAUAAAGAAUAUCUCUUUGGGUUUGAGAUUUUAGUCUUUGCAACUUUAGCGAUUCUAUCUAUUCACGAACAGCUUGUAACACUCCAAAGAGAAAGGAAAACUUGAAAUUGAAUCAUAUGACCCCUUUAAAUGUCAUAUUAAAUUGCAUUAAAAGUGGCUUGUCUCUGCUUUUACAAGAAAUAUUGAUUGGGUCCAGAAGCAAGGUCAAAAUUCACAAGAAGCUUUUCGCUGGAGUUCCUUUAUAUAUAUAUAUAUAUAUAUAUAGAGAGAGAGAGAGAGAGAGAGAGAGGGUAUUAGUUGAACGUAACAUUGCAGUUCUUUGACUACAAUCAUUUCUGAAUGUCUUGAUUUUGAUCUGUAAUGAAUGCAAUUUGAUCAGCUUUAUAUCUUAUAUUCCUACCAAAACAGCAAGCAGCAAGUCUGAUUAUAUAU